AUGGACCGCCCUUCCGACUCCCAAAAGCCCUCACGCGGGCAACAGUCUACCAAAACCACCUCAUCACCCAAAUCAACCUACCUCCUCCUCUACAACCUCGUCUCCUCCCUCCUCUGGUUCGGUAUCCUCCUCACCACUGCCACGAACCUCUGCACACUUGGCCCCGCCUCCUCCCUCUACCCUACAAUAGGCACCUACACCAAGUAUGUCCAAACCCUUGCCGCCCUCGAGAUCCUCCACUCCCUCCUCGGCCUCGUCCGCGCCCCGCUCCUCACAACAAUCAUGCAAGUCGCUUCCCGUUUCCUCCUCGUCUGGGGCGUCGUCCACCUCUUCCCGCACCUCGCCACCGACACUACGCACGGAGGCGCGCAAGCAUAUCGCAGUAUGCUGCUCGCCUGGAGUUUCACGGAGGUGGUGCGGUAUGGAUAUUUCGUCUUCAGUCUCAGCGGAGUGGCUGUGCCGGGGGUGUUGAAGUGGUUGAGGUAUAAUGGGUUCUGGGUGCUGUAUCCGUUGGGGAUUGGUAGUGAGUGUUGGCUGGUGGGGUUGGCGGCGAGGGGACCGGGGAGGUUUGUGCAGGUGGGUGGGGUGAGAGCGAGUUGGGUGCUUUGGGGGGUGCUUGGGGUGUAUGUGCCGGGGAGCUAUGUGCUGUUUACGCACAUGAUGAAGCAGAGGGCGAGGGUCAUGAGGGGGGACGGCGGGAAGAAGACGAAGUGA